AUGAACUUUCCUGGCAAGCUCUUCGAUGCAUCUGGCGAUCCGGCCUUCGACGCUCUUGACUUUGGGGUAUCGGGACAGAUGCUUUCCUGCGGGAACUCAUUCCUCCUUCAAGGUCAGCAUGACAGCGGCAAGCUGAUCACAAACAAAGGCCCCCUCUGCUGUGUUGAUCGAGGAGUGGAAAGGAUGCCAGAGGCCCUGUGGAGCAGUGACCUGCUUCCUAGGAAGAGAAUGUCAGGACAGUUCAGACGAUCAACUCUCGAUGAAUCAGAUAUAGACAUGGUGGACAACGAUGGGCAAGAUGACAUGUCGGAAGAAUCAACAUACUUGCUCCGAUACCAGGAGCAUUGUAUGGGAAACUGUUUGGAUUCAUUCAUCCUUGAUGAUGAAGAUGUUAUUGUGGCCCAGGUAGACGUUGCACACAGUGAUUUGAAGCUGUCGAAGCUUGAGAACUUACAAGGCUUUGAGUCGAUAAGACUGCGUCCUUUACUACAACAAGAUGCGUGCCAUGGCAAGGCAAACACCAAAACCCUCAUGCGUGAUGAGAUCUAUGAGCUAGCAAGCACAUUACCAUUUCACAAAAAAAUACGUUCAGACCAAACCUGUCUGUUUGCAACAAGACGAUCAAGGCGUGUUGAGUUUGUCUCGUGCGAGUUGAAAAGGGAAGACGGCAAGGAAGCUCAUCACCAGCUGGACAACGAGGAGACUUCCAAGAGCAGAGCGACCUGCUGCGUGUCUUUCAAUCCCUUCUGGCAGGAGGAGGCUUGUAUCCUCAACACAGACGGGACUGUUGACAUCUGGGAUGCUUUCUCGGAGACCGUUGUCGGGUACAGCGGCAUGGGAGAGGACGCAAGGGCUGCGGCAGUGCUCGAACAGCCCAACGCGUCACAGGAUGCUGUCGCCUUUCUCCGCAAGCUUGUCCUUCCUUUCGGCCACUGCGUCUGGGGGGCGCAUCCUCGAACUGUCCUCUGCUGCCAACCCUACAGGAUCUCCCUCCUCGACCUGCGAAGCUCUUCCUCCUCCUCCGAACUUUUGCGGAUGCCGAACCAUAUGCUGGGGCAGACAGGGAGAUUGUUCUCCUUGUGUGGUGGAAGAGAUGUAGACGGUCGGAACAGCCACGAGUUCAUCGUCAGCUCCUCCUCCUUACUCUGCCUCUUUGACAUCCGGCAACCCGCCAUACCGCUGUUGCGCUGGCUUCACCAUCAGGAGUUCGAUCCUCCUCGUCACCUGCUGCAGUUUCAGUCAAGUCACAAGUCAGUGGAGGAGGCAAAACUUCUCCUCACCGGCUCGUAUCAGUGGGGAGAGAUCGUGUGCUACCAGCAUGGCAGGUUCGCGGAGGACGCAGCUCCUUGCUCCCUGGGCCUUCCGCACAAAGUGUUCUCCAUCGGAGAUACCAACCUUGUUAUCCCCAGCAGGAGCUUCCGAGGCAGGCCCGGAGAAGCCUGCAGACGGGUAGAGCUGAGGAGAACUUCUGAGAAGCAGGAGGUGCGAGACUUGAGAACCCUGAGCGGACUUUCCUUCUCAUGGCAGCCAUCUGCCGUCCCCUCCUCCUCCCUCGCCUCUUCCAUGGAACUUGGACUCGUUCUUCAGUGCUCACAGUACGGAGAAGUUUUCGUUCAGAAGGUUGCAGCUCAAGGAGAAGAGGAAAGAUCCUCUGGGGAUCAGCUGGGCAGCUGGGCAGCUGAAGGAGCUCCUGACUCGCCGCAAACUGCCAGGCGGGCCUCAUCGAAGAGACAGGAGGCAGGCGAACAAAACCCCGAAGGAUAUGCUGGGGACGAUGAGGAAGGAGCAGGAGCAAAAUCUCUUCCAGCAGCGUACAACGAGGCUUUGCGAGUGAUGGUGUCAACGAUGAAGAAGGAAGAUGUCGCGGUCUUUGAGUUCGGGUUGGGUCUGAGAGACUUUGACGGGAAGGUGAGCAAGGGAGCGAGACUUCCCGAGCCCUUGAUCCUCCGAAGCAGGUCAUGUGAGUCAUGCGGGUCAAAGUCUCGCUCGCAUCCUUUGCUCACGUGCUGCUGGUGUAACGCCUGCUGGCACACCUCCUGCUUGAGCUGCGGCCUUGCCCCCCCCGAUUGGACUUGCGCAUCCUGCUCAGGAGUAGAGGAAAGAGGAGCGGGAGGUAUGCAGGGAGGAGAGAGGAGGAGGCAGUACGGCCCGUGGAUGGCUGUUGAUCUCUCCUUGAGCCAAAACAUCUUCCAAGGAAUCCUGAAGGAGCAAGGCAAUAGGACUAGCGCUGGAGGAGCAAGAGGAACAGCGGGGGAGGAGUGGCAAGGAGGAGUGGCAAGAAGGGCGAAGGAGGAGGAUGCGGAGCUUCUGUCGCUUCUCCUCCCCUUUCUCUCCAUCCCCCGAACAAUGUUGGACAUCCUGCUGUUCCUCUCCCCCAAGGAUGCGACCGGAGGCUUCACCCUCCUCGACCUCAACGACUUCCUUCACCGAGCUGUCGAGGAGCAUCGCAAGGUCAUGCUGGUGGAGAGCCGAGGGAGAGCAGCGGCAACGACCUUGCAAGCUGCUUUGCAGAUGCAGGAGGAACGAGGCAUAGAAGAUGGAGCGAGGGGCGAGGAGGAGAGGAGGGGGAGAGAUCUGAUGGUCGUGAAUAUCUUCAGCCUCCGCCCCCCCUGGAGGUAUCGCGACAGACCCGACGGAUCCGUCGAACUUCUUCCGACCUCACAGGAGAGCCAGCGAGCGGCGACGUCGCUCAUGCUCGAACUUGCCAGCAAGUAUCACGUGUACUUUGGUACCAUCCGCGACAUCUGGAUGAAGAAGAAGCACGCAAAGACCCUGCAGCAGCAUUGCUCCUCUUCCCACGUUGAUGGCGUGGAUCCUGUGGAGAUCAUGGAGCGGUUGAAUAUCAACGAGGAGGAGAAGCAACGGGAGGAAGAGAAACAGGGAGGACAGGAGGGGCAGGGAGAGGACAACACACUCGACGAGAGACGGGCGGAUGAUGCUCGUCGUCCCAAAGACACGCACAGCAAGGAGCAGAUGCUUCAUCCGCCCUCCUCCCUCCCUUCCUCCCGUGACCCCCCUGGCAAGUCAGGCACGAGCUCGCUCCUGCAGGACAGUCCAGCUAUCUCUGCCAGACCCUCCCUGCUCAAGAGCCCGACUGCGACCCCGGUGAAGCGAAACCUCUCGCGCAUCCGGCGACAGUCAGGCGCCAUGGGGGGAGGAAGCGGCUUCUAG